CACAAUCUAUUCACCACCCCGGCUGGUAGGGCACGCGCGCUGCCGUCUCCUUUCAUGGAUCUUACGGUUUCUCUCGCGCCCACGGGCACGCACGGGGCUCAAAUGGCCGUUUGCCUCACGGCGGGCUCCUAAAAUCACAGACUCGCUCACUUUAAUGGUGAGUUGUACGGCGUAGCUACCGGGAGAGUUGACGAUGGCUAAGCCCCAGGCUUCUGAAUCUUUGGCGGGACCCUUGUACGAGCUCGCGACCAAUCCGACCCGGGACGUGGCGCCGGAGACGGCGGCAGCGGCAUCGCUGAGCAUCGGCGACACCUACGCCACGAGGACGCGCACAUACCUGGACGUUUCCGCGGCUGCCUUCGCCUCCGGCCACCCGGUGUACGGGGCCGAGGGAUUGUACUCUAACGGACGGUACAGGGAACACAGCAGUCCACGGAUCGGUAACCGGAGUCGUGACAGUUCUGCAGAGAGGUGCCCGGGCACCGGGAAUCCACCUUGCGGUAUUAUGAAGGAUGGCUCUAAGCAGAGACAGGCAAGAAAGAAGACGGUCUCCUUCAGCUCUAUGCCAAACGACCGUAAGAUGAACAGCACAGCUGCCUGCAUGGCUUUCAUGAUGGAAGGCUGCGAGAUGAAGAAAGUUCGCUCCAAUUCUCGCAUGUACAAUCGUUACUUCCUGUUGGACCCGGAUAUGCGCUGGCUUCGCUGGGAACCAUCGAAGAAAGACUCUGAGAAGGCCAAGCUCGAGAUCAAGACCAUCAAAGAGGUUAGACUAGGAAAGAAAACACCUGUCUUACGCAGUAACGGACUCUCCGAUCAGUUCCCUGAUGAGUGUGCGUUCUCAAUAAUAUACGGAGACAAUUAUGAAUCCCUGGAUCUGGUCGCAAGCACAGCAGACGUGGUUUGCACCUGGGUGAUGGGAUUGCGGUACCUGGUCUCGUAUGGGCGACACAUGGUGGGCGUAGUUGAGCCCAGUCAACCUAGUGUAAGAACGUCCUGGAUCGGUUCAGUGUUUGAGUUGGCUGAUCCAGAAAGGCAAGGACACAUUGAUCUCUUCCGAGCCACGCAAAUCAUCAAGGGUCUCAAUCCUGGCAUGCGGGAGUCUCGCAUUGAACUUAAGUUUAAAGAGAUACAGAAGGCCAAGGACUGCUAUGGUGAAGGAAUAGAUUUAGACACAUUUGUAGAGGCCUACUGUGAACUGUGCACACGCUCUGAGAUAUUUUUCUUGUUGGUACAGUUUUCCAGCAACAAAGAGUACCUGGACUCUAAGGACUUGAUGCUAUUUGUGGAGGUGGAGCAGGGAGUGGAGGGAGUCACAGAGGAAAUGUGUCGGGAGAUUGUGCGUAAGUACGAACCCUCUGCUGAAGGACGUAACAACGGCUACUUGUCAAUAGAUGGCUUCACACAUUACCUCCUGUCAUCAGAGUGCCACAUUUUUGACCCGCAGCACAAGCAUGUUUGUCAGGACAUGACGCAGCCACUUUCACACUACUAUAUCAACUCUUCCCAUAAUGCCUCACUUUUGGAGGACCAGUAUUGGGGCUCGUCAGACCUCAGCAGUUAUGUACGCGCCUUACGGAUGGGCUGUCGAAGCCUGGAGGUGGUGGUCUGGGACGGGCCUGACUGUGAGCCCGUGGUCUACGUCGGUAGUUCGGUUGCCUCCCAGCUGGCAUUCUGCAAAGUUCUGGAUGUCAUUAAUCAGUACGCCUUCGAGAGCUCAGAGUUUCCGCUGAUCCUCUGUCUUGUGACACACUGCAGCGUCCCCCAGCAGAGAGUCAUGGCUCAACACAUGAAGAAGAUCCUAGGGGACAAACUGCACACAGAGCCUCCCAAUGUAGAAGACCUCUACUGGCCCUCCCCGGAGAAACUCAAAGGAAAAAUACUUAUCAGAGGGAAGCGUCUGCCUCCAGACUCUGAAUCUGAGGGGGAGGUGACAGAUGAAGAAGAAGGGUUUGAGAUGUCGAGGAGAAUGCUGGGUGUUGACGAUAAAGACCAGCUCAACGGAAUUGGCUGCAAACGGUUACGGCUCUGUAAGGAACUGUCGGAUCUGGUGAGCCUUUGCAAGUCUGUACAGUUCCGCGAUUUUGAGACGUCUAAACGGGAACAGAAGCAUUGGGAGAUCUGCUCUUUCAAUGAGGUUGAUGCCAACCGCUUUGCCAAUGAGUUUCCUGAAGACUUUGUGGCUUAUAAUAAACGAUUUCUGUCACGGGUGUACCCCACGCCUAUGCGCAUCGAUGCCAGCAACAUGAAUCCUCAAGAUUUUUGGAAGUGCGGUUGCCAAAUUGUGGCCAUGAAUUAUCAGACUCCAGGUCUGAUGAUGGAUUUGAACCUCGGCUGGUUUAGGCAAAACGGCAACUGCGGCUACGUCCUGCGUCCGGCCAUAAUGCGUGAGGAAGUGUCAUAUUUCAGUGCCAAUGCCCGUGACUCGCUUCCUGGAGUUUCAGCCCAGCUCCUCCACAUCAAGGUUAUCAGCGGUCAAAACCUACCAAAGCCGCGUGGUUCUGCUGCUAAAGGCGACGUGGUAGAGCCAUACAUAUAUGUAGAGAUUCAUGGGAUUCCUGCAGAUUGCGCAGAGCAGCGCACUAAAACCGUCUCACAAAAUGGUGACAAUCCCAUCUUUGAUGAAAGCUUUGAGUUCCAGAUCAACCUUCCGGAAUUGGCUGCUUUGCGUUUCGUCGUCCUUGAUGACGACUACAUCGGCGAUGAAUUUAUCGGCCAGUACACCAUUCCUUUUGAGUGUCUGCUUCCUGGUUACAGACAUGUUCCACUGCAGUCACUUACGGGGGAGUUUCUGCCCAAUACUACACUGUUUGUUCACGUUGCCAUUACAAACAGACGAGGUGGGGGCAAGGCUCAUAAGAGGGGUCUCUCUGUGAGAAAGGGCCGCAAGGCAAGGGAAUACACCUCUACUAAGACCACAGGGAUCAAAGUGGUGGAUGAACUCUUCAGGGCAUCAACGCAACCUCUGCGGGAAGCAACAGACCUACGGGAAAACGUACAGAAUGCAAUGGUGUCUUUCAAGGAGCUUUGCGGCUUGACUCCGGCAGCUAAUAUGAAGCAGUGUAUCUUGACUGUGUCGUCCUGGUUGAUGAACAGCGAGCGAACACUACACGUGGCGGUAGAUCUGAGCGAGGCCUACCCCACCAUGGAAGCACAGGGCCCCAUUCCAGAGCUGCUGCGUAAAGUGCUCAACGCUUAUGACACGAUGAUCCAGACGAGUCGCACGCUGAUCGAAUCAGCCGAUGGCGUGUACUCCAAACUCACACAAGCACAGCGAGCAGGGUUGGACUUUCACGAGGAUCUGCAUCGGAUCGGGGCAAGAGAAGGCCUGAAAGGAAGAAAAUUGCAGAAAGCCAUGGAGAGUUACGCUUGGAACAUCACUGUGCUGAAGGGCCAAGCGGACCUUUUAAAGCAUGCGAAAGGAGAAGCACUGGACACUUUGCGACAGAUUCACUGUGCUGCUCACUCGUGUGGCCUAGCCAAGAACGGAGCCUCAACGUCCCCUGCAUCACCCCUGCUGCCGCCCCACCCUCGCCCCCUCCACACCAUCCGUGAGAAUGAGACCAACAACACCCUGCACUGAGACACAGAAAGAGAGAGAGUGUGUGUGUGUGGUUUUCUCUGUUUAUCAGUAUUUGGGAAGCAGGUGGUCUCAGGUUAGAAGAGUUAGGUUGGUCGAGAUGUUUAAAGACACACAGGAGAUGGUUUCAUUUUGAUCUGUGUGCUUUGCUGCUUCCCAGCUGUCUGAUGCAUCAGGUCUUAAAUUUGCUUCCCCAUUAUGAAGUUUUAAGGAUGUGAUGGAUUGUAGAGGUCCGGCCGCUCUAGAAACUGUGAAUGCGUCAGGCUAUCAGCUGAGACAUCUGCUAGUCAAAUACAAGGCCCAAACUCAAUUAUAUUCAACAAUUGAUUGUAGUUUUUAACCUUGCCAGAAAUAAAGUAAUACUUCACUGAUAAGUAAAGCACUUUAAGCUAUCAGUUAAAACUUCAGGAAACAAAAUAAAGAAAAGCAAUGUAAAUGUGAAGAAAGGCAUUAGUAUAGACAGGCAACAAUAGAUAAACAAUUGAUCUUAAGACUUGGUGAGCGCUCUUACUCCCCCUGCUGGGCCCUCUGCACAUUUUAUUAUUUUAGAUCUGGCUCAUCUAAAAACCAUCAGCUUUGUCUUAAAAGGGGCAGUUGUAUAGGGGUGUUGAGUGUGUUUGUGUGAGUGUGUGAGUGUGUGUGUGUGUGUGUGUGUGUGUGUGUGUGUGUGUGUGUGAGUGUGUGUGUGUGUGUGAGUGUGUGUGUGUGUGUGUGCGUGCAUGCGCGUGCGUGCACGUAUGUAUGUGUGAUGCAUAAAUGAUGUAUUUGGAAUGAGGAAAAGUGUAUCUUGUUGCUAAACUGGAAACUGGAAUGUCCCAUUGAGACCAACUUAACUGGGAAGAACCUCUGGGAAUACACAGAUCUCAGCUGAUCUGUCAAGCAAAUAAAUAUUUCAAUAAGUAAAGAACCAUCGUAAAUGACACUUUAACAUCUCAUUACGAGCACUUCACACCCAAUAAUACACACUGUUUAUGAAUAUUCCGAAUAUUGUUAUUAAUGCUGUUAAUAUUGUGGGUAGGUGUUCAGUGUAAUGGAGGUUAUUUUAUAUUUGCAUCGACAGGUGUCAUUCUGUAGACGUUGUUCAUAGGAACAGGAAAUGUGAAUGCUUGGGGAUGAGGGUGGGAAAUAUUCUUUGGGUGGUUACUGUCAUAAUAUUGUCAAAUAACUUUGGAUGUUACAUAAAAGCCGAAUGACAUCAGAAAUGUGUCCAAGUCAUUUUUAUACACUGUAUCUCUUUUGUUAAAAGUAAUAUUGAGUUUUGAGGUCAAAAACAGGUACAAGGAGUUUUAUGAAAGCACUUGUAUUUUCGUCGACAUGCCAGAUGUUUAUUAGGUUUGAAAUUCCUUCAUGUUUUGCAAGUCUGCACAUUGCUGUAUAAUGAGCCAUCUGCAUUCCUUCAGAAUCAACACUGGUACUGUUUGUCUUCUCUUGUAAUUCUCUCUGCAAGAUGUACUUCCAUUUCUGACCCGUUCACAACCAAACGCAUUAUUUUUGUAAUGCGAUGAGAAUUACUCGUUAUUCACGCAAUCCAUAACACAUAAUGAGAGCCGCAUUAAUGAGCCCAUCUUGUGGCGCAGUGCAGGUGUAAACUCUGCCAUCAUUAACUCCGACUGCAUGGUGACCUUCAAAUAAAAUCAUCUUGUCCCA